ACCAUACUCAGGUUUUCAGCGCGAUGUUUGACUUUGUCUUUGACAAGAUUAAUUUCAAGAAAGGGCAAGAAAGUUUACGGAACAAUACUGCAAAUUUGGCACCUUGCUCAGUUAUAACCCGGACUACAUGCAUCGAGUGCAUUUUAAGCCCAAGUCAUCAAACACCCUUCAUGAGAUAUUAAAGGCAUGGCAAGAUAAACCAAGAGAAAGCAGGAAGUCGGGAAGGAAAGAAUUAAAAGAGUCCAUUCGAAAUCUGCUUGACGAUCAUCACAAUUUCGGGGAACUUCUUCAAGAGGUCCAGGGCCUCCAGACAAAGAGAUCAGAUGGGGUUUCCAGUGGUAACAACCAGCACCUAGACACCAUCUCAUCAGCUUCCUCUAUCAGUUCUAUGAACCAGAUCAACAAUGUGGAGUGCACAGAUAUCAAGAAUUUCACUUUAGAAGUCGAUUCAAUUACAUCAUGCCUGGAGCAUCAAGCUAGCUUGACUGGUGUUCCCAUCUCUCGACUAGCUUCCAAGAAAUGUGCCACACUACUCACUGAGAACACGAUCAUAAACCAGACACAGUUACAAGAUCAGGAACCAGUCUUGCCAUAUCUCAACUCAGAUUAUAAGAGAAAGAUUGACCUUGUAGUAAGUCUGAUGAAAAUAUUGGAUACUGCACAUAACUUUCACAGAGGGCAGUUCAUUGAAGCACUAAGCGCACAGAUUCAGAGCACUAAUACCAGGUUUCCACCGUGGCUAUUGUGGCAUCUCGAUAGGGAAUCUAUCAUGACCUUUGACCUUUUUGUGACCGCUAACCUUGACCAUCCAACAAUCCUGCAUCAUGUGGCAGUAGACCUUGCCAAUUUGAUGACAGGAACUUGGCAAAGAGAAGGGAACACCCGUGAGGUGUCACGACAAGUCUUCAUUGACACUCUCAUACACUUGAUCCUCAUUGCAUAUCCAGGCAAAGAUGCUUCAUUGGCAGGGGACUCUACUACUCAGUCUGUGAAAGGAAUGUUGGACACGGUACUUGCAAAAUUGAUUGAAACAGGCCAUGAAAGGGAUGCAGGGAUCGACAGUCAUGAUUGCUUGCUACCGAUGAAAAGGAUACAGGGGCGUAUCUCGAAAGAAUCCUGCCAACAGUUUUCUCUCCAUCAUAUCACCCAACUUUUGUGCCACAAUCCAGCCUUUUCAGUUACAGAUGCCAUUAGUAAGCAGCAUGAGUGGAGUUUUGCCAAGGCAUCCCCUUGUAUUCUUGGUUUGUUCAGACAGUUAUUAAUAGCACUACAAGAAACUGAUGCUGUGGGACUACUGAGAAGAGUCUUGGACCAAGAGGAAGUAAAUUGGCAGUCAACUCUAGUCUACACUUCAAUGAUUGUAAUAUAUUAUCCAUUGGCUCAGCAGUUAGUCAAAGAGUGCAUAUCUGAUUUUAUUGAGCAAGCUUUCGAGAGCUAUGAGGAAGAUCUCCUUAUAUGUGCCUUCCUAUUGGUCAGACAGGCAGCCAAUGAGGGCCCUCACGUCUUCCCUUCAUAUGCCUCAUGGUUCAAGGAGACAUUUUCCUCUUCCUCUACCUUGGUUCACAAGAAGUCUUUUUUGUUUAUCACAGAGUUUCUUACCAAGCUUGUGCCUUAUGAAUCUGCUGUAUGUCUUAGGGCUCAUGUGCAGAACCCACCUGCCGCUCCUUCCAAAUGCCAAGAGGUUCUCAGGGAUUACAUGCUCCUGGCAAAGACGAGGCUCUCUGAUCUCAAUGAAUCUUGGCAGGAUAGUGUAUUCCCAGGAGCAAACAAACAACCGACAGCUUCGAGAAGCGCAAGGCCUCAAGACCAAGCCAAGUGUGAUGUAGAGAUAGCUGUCGAAUCCUAUGAAAAGAACAACAGAAUCCCUACAAAUGUCUUAGAAGCAAGUAUUUUCCGCAGACCUUAUUAUGUGACUCAUUUCCUUCCGGCUCUGCUUACCCCAAGGAUGUUGCCCGACAUUGCAGAUGCAAAGAUGAAAUUGAUAGAAUCUCUUAAAAAUGCCAACAAGCUUCCCAUUGCCCUGUACCAGCAGUAUGAAGAGGCCUGUGCCAAGGAACUCAAUGAAUUACUUGAUGGUGCUUUCUCUGAAGACGUGAUGGAGGAUUGUCUUGAACCUCUAGAAGCCCUUAAAGCUGGUCUUGAUAAACUCAAAGGAAUCGUAGUCAAACUUCAAACAUCUCAGAGGAAUGAUGCAACUCUGCAGGGUGAGAUGACUGCUGAAGUGAGUCUCCUGUCAGACAAGAUAGCUACAUCUCUGGGUCUAGAUGGUCCACCCUCACAUGAACUCAGUGAGGUAUCAACCGUCAAUAUCAACGACGUCAAACCAACCACUUUGCACAAAGAGGUUGCAGGAAUAGUAUUUGAUGCUUUAAGCAACAUCUGCAAAGAAGCUGGUUUGAUAAGGCUUAAACAUGAAGGGGUUGCUAUGGGAACCGUUCAGAUAAUAUGGGCUCAUCAGUUGAUCGCCAUGCUAAGUAGAUUCACAGAAUUGUGUGCUGCCCUCUAUCAACGGAUCUGGAUGAUGUUCUGUCAGCAAAUGCAGUCCAAGCCUGAGGAUGUCAUAGUUGGUGCUGCUUGUUUCCUGUUAUACACACAUACAAUGAGAUCUAAGUUCCCAACUGUGAGGGCAAUCACUUCAUCUGAUACCAAAAUGCCUUGUAGUCUUUUAGAAGCCCUCAGCUCUGAAUUAUCUCUCAGUACAUCACAACAAAUGUUAUCGGCUGCAAGAUUGACAUCAUCACUACUCCACCUCUCUCUCUGCAUCUCUGCCAAUGACACGAAGGUUGAAACCAUCCUGCCUCUCCUUGUUAUAGAAAAGUUUUGUUUCCUCAUCCCAAGACUGUGUCCAGACAUAAGAACAGAGGAUUGUAACAUGCAAGAUAACUCCCAUGAUGCAUUGCAGGAUGAUACGUUACUUGCCAUUGGAAGAACAAUCAUGUCAUCCCCUGCGUUCAGGAAGAUGCUUCCAGAAUCCAAGCUUUCUUUUUCUCAGUGGAUUUCUUACGAGCUGGAGAUUAGCCCACAUGAAGAUACGUUGAUGGAUCUAGAGAGACAUGACUACCACCAGUGGGCCAUCCUCUGUUACUACUUACCCCUCCCCAAGGCCCAGGGGGGAUGUGAAGGGGGUCACUAUCCUGCCGUACAAACCCUCAUCAAUGGUCUGAUGGACUAUGAGGCCCAUAGUGACCACCAGAGAGUGACCAAUGGGGAUGAUGGAGUGGACGAUAGCAAGGAAAUAGAUAGUCAUCAUCAUAGAUAUCACGGUGGACAUUCGACUUGGAGAGAACUGCUACAAUCAUUACAGGAGCUUAUUUCAUUGGUUGAUGUCAGUCAGGUGGACAGUCAGAUGUCAGGUGAUAUCGAGAAGUCACAUGAUCCGUGGUUGCUAAGAAUGUUUCAUCAACGUGAAGCCAAGAUGAAGACGAAUCCUGAUGAAGCACCUUCUCAUUCCUGUUUCUCAAAAGAAGCAAUUGAAAUUCAAGCGUUUAUGAGGAUUACUUGCUGCUUGCCACCUUACCUUCUCUUUACCUCACACCCUGAGUCAAGUCCCAGGCAGAAGGACCUUGAGGCGCUCUCUAAUUUUAUUGGAACAAAACUGAGAAAUAAUUGUAUGGAAACAUGGGGCAGCUUAUCCUAUCUUCUAACAGCUCAUCUUGUCAAGGGAGUAGUGAUGUGUUGCCAGAGUAGCGGAGAUUCCUUCCUGCACCCCUUUCUCCUAUCCACACCUCUCCUCUUGGGAUCUACUGCGGUUCAUUGGAGAAGAAUCAGGCCCUUCAUUUUGCAAGCCUACAGACAGGGACCUAUCCCCACCAUCUUUCAGAACAUCCAGGAUCUAUACACAGCAGCAGACAACCUCACAAGCCAUGCCUCAGGCUCUCCCUCAUCGGCAGCGAUGUCAGCAUCAUCAAAGACAGCAUCAACGUCGUCAUGGAGGUCGUUGUCGUCUGUGGGCAAUGUAGCUAGUUCAGGAUGCAGUGUUUCCACGGAAACCCGUCCAUGGUUGUGUGCUCUAGUUCUAUAUGAAGCAGUAAGAAGAAGAUGCAGAGUAGAUGAUAGGAGUAGAGCCUUGACCGCUGUGAUGCAGACGAUGAAUACGGAUAAUCAACAUGAGCAACAAGUUUGUGUGGGUUUGUUAGAAUGUGCGAUUGCUGAGGAGGCCUGGAACGUAUUGAUUGGGAGGAAAAGUCAACAAAAAGGGUGCUCUGUGCUCAUUACCCAACAUGUACCUCUUUUGAUCCAACUUGUACACAGUCCGUCAGUUUUGCAACACAGUGUAGUCUCAAGUUCUGUAGUCCAACUCUAUCCUCUCAUCGUAAUGCGGAGUUUUCUUCCAAUCCGAAGUGAGAUGCAAUCAUUGCUAUCCCAGCAUCCUAGGUUAAUAGAAGUCUUGCUAGAGACCCACAAUGCACUGGGUGAGCUGUACUGCCGAUCUGGAGGGGAGCCCCUUCAACCAACCAGGGGUCUCAGAAGAAGCUUCAAACCAGACAAGGAUGAGGUUUUGUCCACCGAUCUGAUGCUAGCAUGCUCUAGAUUUCUGCAGUCUUGUGUCUCAGUAUGUCCCGUGGCAAACCUGAGAAGAAUCAGGGCCGAGGUAAUGACUUCAUGCGAUGAUGAACUCCAGGCAGCCGUAAGACGAUAUACCCUUGACAGGAGGUGAAGAUUAUCAAGUGAUUCUGUGAAGAUCAUCUCAAGUUCCUUCAUUCUUGGACCUCGGGGUUGUUCCGUAGUAAGAGUGAGAAGAAUAAGAGCCGAGGUUACGGCUUCGUGCGAUGAUGAAAUCCAGGUAACCAUUAGACGAUAUACCCUUGACAGAACAUGAAGAUUGUCAAGUGAUUCUGUUAAGAUAAUCUCAAGUUCCUUCGUUCUUGGACUUCGGGAUGUUAUGGUAGUAAGAGUGAGAAGAAUAAGAGCCAAGGUUAUGGCUUCCUGCGAUUAUAAACUUCAGGCAGCUAUUCGAUGAUAUACCCUGGACAGGAGGUAAAGAUUAUCAGGUGUUUCUGCAAGUUCCUUCAUUCUUGGACCUCGGGGGUGUUCCGUAGUAAACCUGAGAAGAAUUAGGGCCGAGGUUAUGGCUUCAUGCGAGUGAUGAUGAGCUUGGGUGACGAUUAUCGAGGAAAGUUUUCAGCAAUUUUGGACCUCAGCAUGCCCCACAGAAACUUGAGAUGAAUCAGGGAUGUGAUAGUGCCAGUAUACAGUAGAGAAAGGGUAACAGUUAAAUUAUGUGCCAGGAAAAAUUGAGACAAUGCUCUGGUGAUGAUGUUCUCUAGCAAUUUGGGAAUAAUUAAUAAUAAUAAUUAUUAUUUCUAAUGCGCACUUUCUAAUGAAUCUUUACUCAAGGCGCUACAUAUUAAAUAAACAAAAACAUUGGAAAUAUUCACAGAAAUCAUCAAACAUAACAUUCAUAUGAGAUAAAAACAUGGAUUUCUCUAAUAUGAUUGUGAAAAAAGAUAAUAUUUGACACUUGAUUUGAAUGUCUUGAGAGUGUUCAUAUUUUUUGUAGUACUUGGCAGUCUAUUCCACAUAAAUGGGGCCACAUAGCUAAAAGCCUGACCUCCAUAAUGCUUGGUCCGGCUAUGCGGAAUCACAAGUGUGGUAGAUGUGGAAGAUUGUAAAGAAUAGUGGCCCUGCUUCACGACAAGAAGAUCCUUGAUGUAAGUAGGUGCUGCGUCAUGAAGAGCUUUGAACAGUAAUGUCGGGAUCUUGUAUUCAAUUCUCCUCGACACAGGAAGCCAGUGGAAUUCUUUUAGGGUUGGAGUAAUAUGUUCGUAUUUGCCCACUCCUUUAAGAACUCGGGCAGCGUUGUUGAGUAUUCUUUGUAGUCUAGAGGCCGAAGAAUGUGGUACAUGGCCCUGGGAAGCAGGGGUGCUGAAGCAUCCAAGGUUUUUCAGGGGGUACUGCAUUUGUUAUAUGUACCAUAGGCAUAUACCUUUCCAAAAUCCCUUGGAUUAUCUUGGGAGGGAAAUUUUUUUUUUUUUUUUUUGCUUGUCAUUUUUUUUUUUUGGGGGGGGGAACAAAACCCCUAGCACCCUCUAUUUAAGAAUAAUUCCCAGGGCCCUGGUAGGGCAAGGCUUCAUGCUACUAUCAAGAAAGUAAUGCUUACAUGUAGAUGAUAUCCCCUACAUUGUGACCACCAUAGACAUGAGGAGAACACUCUAAAGUGCUGUAAGUCAGAUAUUUUCUGAACAGAAUACAGGUACAUGUCAUGAAACGUGGAAUUAAGAACUUGAAGCAUAAAUCAGACAAUGCACUUGUUUCAUGGAUAAACUUUAAAUGAGUAAUGGAAAGGGAUUUUCUGGCAAAUUUCUUUGAAAGACGAGGAAGUUUCUAUCCCUGGGCCUAAAAGAUGAUUAUAUUAAAUCACAUAUUUUGGACAAUCAGCACACACCUUUUAAUGAUGCUUGAAGGUUUGCAUGGUGGUAUGAACAAUCGCAGAAGAGGUUUACGGUUCACAAUGUGUAAAGUCCUGCAAGGACUGAGAUAAGAAAAGUGGAUUGAAAUGGAGGUGAUUUGGAAAGGCUAGAAAGUGGAAGUUUGAAGGUAGAGUAUUCUUUUCGAAAUGGGUGUAGUCCUAAAAGGACUGUAAACCAAGCAUGAAAAGCUGAAUAGUAAACAGACUUGAGUAAGGUGAGAGAAGACUGGCUUGAGUCAGCGAACAGAGUAGUAGUAGGUGCCAUGUUUCUGAUUUUUCAUCUUGUCUUUUUUCCAUAUGUUAAAGCCCUUUGUACUUACUAUUUAAUCCCACUGUUGCAGUGUGUGUGCUAAAUCUUUCAGUAGCACACGUUCAUCAUGGUAGUUGAUUAUGAUAAUUGAAAUAUCUUUGAUAUUUUCUGCCCUUAAAAUUUCAAAAUUUGGUACAAUAAAAAUGUCAGUUGUCAACAGUAA